AUGGCAGAGCCUCAAGUCCCAUGCUACUACAUAUUUGGGGACUCUUUAGUGGACAAUGGCAACAACAAUGGCAUGCAAUCCUUGGCCAAGGCUAACUACAUGCCUUACGGGAUCGAUUAUUCCGAUGGCCCGACCGGGAGAUUCUCCAACGGCAAAACCACCGUCGACGUAAUCGCUGAGCGACUAGGGUUCGAAGGCAACAUUCCACCGCACGCCACAACCACCGGACAACAAAUACUGCAAGGCUUGAACUACGCAUCGGCCGCUGCCGGAAUAAGACCGGAAACCGGCCGGCAGUUGGGUGGAAGAAUCGACUUCACGGGACAAGUGAAUAACCACAUGAGCACGGUCGAAAAAAUAUCGAGCAUGCUCGGGGACAAAGGCUCGGCCGCGAACCAUCUCGGAAAAUGCAUAUACUCGAUCAUAAUCGGAAGCAACGACUACCUAAACAACUACUUCAUGCCGGCUUUCUACUCGACCGGCAGCCGAUACACACCGGAGGAAUAUGCCGACGAUCUCAUUCAACAAUAUACCGAGCAGCUGAGGACAUUGUACAAUUAUGGAGCUAGGAAGUUUGUCUUGGUUGGUUUGGGCCCAAUUGGGUGCAGCCCGAAUGUUCUUGCACGAAUCAGCCCGGACGGAACGACUUGCGCAAAAAACAUAAACGACGCGAAUCAAUUAUUUAACAACAAACUCAAGGCAUUAGUCGACGAUUCAAACAAGAACACAACCGAUGCGAAAUUCAUCUACAUUAACGCUUUCGGAAUUUUCCAGGAAUUCACGGAAAAACCCUCAACUUUUGGUUUCAAAGUGACCAAUGCAGGGUGUUGUGGAUUGGGUCGGAACAAUGGUCAAAUUACGUGUUUGCCCCUGCAGCCGCCGUGUGUGAAUAGAGACGAGCACUUGUUUUGGGACGCGUUUCAUCCAACGGAGGCCGCUAAUGUUUUGCUCGGGGAAAGGGCUUACAGCGCUCGUGAGCCCUCCGACGCGUAUCCUUAUGAUAUCAGCCGUUUGGCUAAGCUCUAA